UGUGUGGAGCGGGGUCUGCGGGGUCCCACGCACUGGCUGGUGGUGUCCAUAUGACAAGGCUGACUUGCACCAGGGCGGUCCUCCCAGAGACCUGGCAGGUGUGGAGGGGGCCAGUUCAGCCUCCUCGAGGGAGCUGGUUUAUAGCUCGCCGCUGGUGGGGAGACACGAGAGCUUCAGUGGGCAGCAAGCGGCUGGAUCCAACACGCCCUCCCUUCCCCGCGCCUGCAGCAAGGCCUACUCUGUCCUUGAAACAGCUUCUGUCAGGGACGCGGAACCAGCCCUCCUGGCCAUGGGAGGGGCAGUGGUCGAAGAGGGCCCGACGGGCGUCAAGGCCCCAGAUGGGGGCUGGGGCUGGGCCAUCCUUUGGGGCUGUUUUGUCAUCACAGGCUUCUCCUACGCCUUCCCCAAGGCGGUCAGCGUCUUCUUCAAAGAGCUCAUACGAGAGUUUGGGAUAGGCUACAGUGACACAGCCUGGAUCUCCUCCAUCCUGUUGGCCAUGCUGUACGGGACAGGCCCGCUCUGCAGCGUGUGUGUGAAUCGCUUUGGCUGCCGGCCCGUCAUGUUCACAGGUGGCCUCUUGGCGUCCCUGGGCAUGGUGUCUGCAUCCUUCUGUGGAAGCAUCAUCCAGCUCUACUUCACCACUGGGGUCAUUACCGGCUUGGGUUUGGCGCUCAACUUCCAGCCCUCACUCAUCAUGCUCAACCGCUACUUCAACAAGCGGCGCCCCAUGGCCAACGGGUUGGCGGCAGCGGGCAGCCCGGUGUUCCUGUGCGCCCUGUCCCCACUGGGGCAGGUGCUGCAGGACCACUAUGGCUGGCGGGGUGGCUUCCUCAUCCUGGGUGGCCUGCUGCUCAACUGCUGCGUGUGUGCUGCACUCAUGCGGCCCCUGGAGGCGCCCCGGCUGGGUUCAGGUUCAGGGCCUGGGCCCCAGCGGCCACCCCGGCGGCUCCUGGACCUGAGCGUCUUCAGGGACCGCGGCUUUGUCAUCUAUGCCCUGGCCGCCUCCAUCAUGGUGCUGGGGCUCUUUGUGCCGCCCGUGUUCGUGGUGAACUACGCCAAGGACCUGGGUGUGCCCGACACCCAGGCGGCCUUCCUGCUCACCAUCCUGGGCUUCAUCGACAUCUUCGCGAGGCCCACCGCCGGCUUCAUCACAGGGCUCAAGAAGGUGCGGCCCUACUCUGUGUACCUCUUCAGCUUCGCCAUGUUCUUCAACGGCUUCACCGACCUCACGGGAUCUACAGCCAGUGACUACGGUGGCCUGGUGGUCUUCUGCAUCUUCUUCGGCAUCUCCUACGGCAUGGUGGGGGCCCUGCAGUUCGAGGUACUCAUGGCCAUUGUGGGCACCCAGAAGUUCUCCAGUGCCAUUGGCCUCGUGCUGCUGCUGGAGGCCAUAGCUGUGCUCAUUGGGCCCCCGUCGGGAGGCAAGCUCCUGGAUGCGACGCACGUGUACCAGUAUGUGUUUGUCCUGGCGGGGGCUGAGGUGCUGGCCUCCUCCCUCGUGCUGGUGCUGGGCAACUUCUUAUGCAUUGGGAAGAGGCCCGAGGCGGCCACGGAGGAGGAGCAUCACAAGCCCCCCGAGGACGUGAAGGUGGACUCUCGGGAGGUGGAGCAAUUCCUGAAGACAGAGCCUGAGAAGAACGGGGAGGUCGUUCACACCCCAGAAACGAGCGUCUGAGCUGGGGGAGGCCAGCAGGGGUGGCAGGGAACUGGACAGGAACCAUCAAUGCUCGUAUUUAUUUCACAAACAGGACUAGCUUGGGCGGGGCCGUUGGCUCCACGCCGGCCGCCCGGGCAGCGGAUCAUCGCCCGAUCAGUGUUUUUCAGGGGAGGUGGCAGGGUGGAAACGUGUCAUUCCAAGGUGGAUCUGUGGUGAAGCCAAGCCGUGAGGUUAUGAGCGGUCUGCACCAGGGACCCCACCUGCUGACCCCAGGGAGCCCGGUGCCCACAGCUGGGCUCAAGGACCCAGAGACCCACGCUUUGGAGACAACACGAUUUUAAUCAGGGGGCAGGGCCGGGGACAGCUGCGGAGCGGGCACUGCCACGACAGGCCUCCCUGCGUGCCCGUGAGCACCCCAUCCUGCCUGGUCUCCCCAUGCGCCCCAGCCCACCCCUCUUUGAGCGUCCAGUGGACAAAGGUCCCUCCUUCACCUCUGAAGGUUUGAGAUAAACCUGCAUGUGGGAGGCACCAUCUCAGAAGGAAUAUCUUCCAGGAGCUGCAGGAGUUUUGCUCUACGUAGGGGCAGUAUUCUAACUGUUCACCCCAAAUCUCACUUUCUUAACAAAUAGCCUGGUUAUUUUUACAAAGUGGUUCUGGUCCUUGUCAGCCAUGUCAGCCUUCUAAGCACUGCUGGUUCUGGACCCUGCCCUGAUGGACCCCAAACGGCUCAGAGUGUUCACACAGCACCCUGGUGGCUGGCAGGGAAGGGGCCACGCUGCAGGGGUGUGUCCACUGAAGCUGAGAUAUACGUGUGGUUUCUGUUCACUGGUGUGUGUUUAAAGAAAAUGAUCUGCC